AUGGAUGACUCAGGGAAUCCUCAGGACGUCAGUGUGCCACCAGUUGAAGGUGUUGCUGGAGGAGGGACGGCAUAUGGAUGGACUGAUGGCGGCUUACAAGGUUCAAAUCCACACAAGGGAUCAGUUGACCCUACAGAGGUUCCAACUGCUGAUUUAGUGCAUGUGUGGUGCAUGCCAAGUACAGCAAAUAUUGGGCCACAAGAAAUGCCUAGGAAUUUGGAGCCAGUUAAUCUUCUGGCUGCUAGAAACGAGAGAGAAAGUAUUCAAAUUGCAGUACGUCCAAAAGUUUCCUGGGGUGGUCCUGGAAAUGCAGGGGUUGUGCAGGUCCAGUGUAGUGACUUAUGCUCCACAUCUGGUGACCGGUUGGUUGUCGGACAAUCAAUAAAGUUGCGGCGUGUGGUGCCCAUAUUGGGUGUCCCAGAUGCUCUUGUGCCUCUUGAUCUUCCAGUUAGUCAAAUAAGCCUAUUACCAGGAGAGACAACUGCAGUUUGGGCUUCCAUUGAUGUUCCUAGUGCGCAACCCCCAGGACAGUAUGAGGGGGAGAUCAUCAUUACUGCUACAAAGGCAGAUGCAGAGAUCCAUUCACAAUGUUUGGGCAAAUCCGAGAAGCAUCAGAUUUAUAGGGAUCUUCGAAGCUGUCUUGAAAUGGUGGAGCCCAUUGACGGAAAACCGGUGGAUGAAGUGGUAGAAAGACUGAAAUCUGCAACAACAUCUUUAAGAAGAGUUCUUUUGUCACCAUUAUUUUCAGAAUUUGUUUCAUAUAAUGGGCCAGUUGAUAUGAUGGAGGAAGAUGCUAUUUCGAGCCUUUCAGUACGCGUGAAGAUUCAUAUGACAGUUUGGGACUUCAUUCUUCCUGAAACUCCAUCACUUCCUGCUGUAUUUGGCAUAUCUGAUACUGUAAUUGAGGAUCGUUUUGGUGUUGAACAUGGGAGUGAUGAGUGGUAUGAGGCAUUGGAUCAGCAUUUUAAGUGGCUUCUUCAAUACAGAAUCAGUCCAUACUUUUGCAGAUGGGGUGAUAGUAUGCGUGUCUUGACAUAUACCUGCCCUUGGCCAGCUGAUCAUCCAAAAUCAGAUGAAUAUUUUUCAAACCCACGAUUAGCAGCCUAUGCUUUGCCAUAUAGUCGUUCUGUCUCUGGCGGUGAUGCAGCGAAGGAUUACAUGCAGAAACAAAUUGAGAUAUUGAGGACAAAGUCUCACUGGAAGAAAGCAUAUUUUUACUUGUGGGAUGAGCCACUGAAUUUGGAGCAAUAUGAGUCCCUUCGCAGCAUAGCCAGUGAGAUCCAUGCCUACGCUCCUGACGCUCGUGUUUUAACUACUUACUACUGUGGACCAAGCGAUGCACCUCUUGCACCCACUGCGUUUGAGGCUUUUGUAAAAGUUCCAAAGUUUUUACGCCCACAUACUCAAAUUUAUUGUACAAGUGAAUGGGUGCUUGGUAAUCGAGAAGAUUUGGUCAAGGAUAUUAUUGCUGAAAUACAACCAGAAAAGGGCGAGGAAUGGUGGACUUAUGUGUGCAUGGGACCGUCUGACCCCCAUCCCAAUUGGCACCUUGGGAUGCGAGGUACUCAGCACCGGGCUGUAAUGUGGCGUGUAUGGAAAGAAGGUGGAACAGGUUUCUUAUAUUGGGGUGCCAAUUGCUAUGAGAAGGCAAAUGUUCCAAGUGCAGAGAUAAGAUUUAGGCGUGGUCUUCCCCCUGGAGACGGGGUUUUGUUCUACCCUGGCAAAGUGUUCUCAUCAUCAAAUGAACCAGUGGCUUCAGUCAGACUUGAGCGCAUUCUCAGUGGCCUGCAAGACAUUGAAUACCUCAGACUUUACUCUUCAAGGUAUGGAAGAGACGAAGGGUUGGCUCUCCUUGAAAAGACUGGUCUGUACCAGGGUCCGGAGCGCUACACGCUUGAGCAUAUGCCAAUUGAUGCGAUGCGGGGUGAGAUAUUCAAUGCAUGCCGGUCAUGA